AUGUGCAGUGACGGCACCACGGUCCUCUGCGACGUCAGCACUGGCCGCCCUCGCCCGUGGAUACCGGCCUCUCUCCGCCGCCAUGUCUUCGACCUCAUCCAUGGGUUAGCUCAUCCCUCUCGGCGUGCGACGGCUCACCUACUGAAGCAGAAGUUCGUGUGGCACGGUAUUUCCAGAGACGCCAAGGACUGGGUUCGUGCCUGCCCUGCUUGUCAGACCACACAAGAUUCAGAGGCACACCAAGACGGGCCCUGCGUCCUUUCCCCAGCCACGGCGACGUUUUGGCCACAUCCAUGUCGAUGUGGUGGGUCCCCUUCCUCCUUCCGAGGGGUAUCGCUACCUCUUCACCAUCAUGGACCGUUCGACGAGGUGGCCAGAAGCUGUUCCGAUGGUCGACGCCACUGCUGCAUCCUGCUCCGCUGCCCUGCUCUCUGGCUGUGGACGUCCAUGGGUGAGCUGCUGGGAGUCGACAUUCAUCACACCACAGCUUAUAACCCAGAAGCUAAUGGGAUAGUGGAACGUUUUCACAGGACCCUGAAGGCUGCUCUGAUGUCCCGGUGCCGUUCCGCGACGUGGUCUUCGCAGCUUCUGUGGGUGCUCCUCGGCCUUCGCACUGCCUCGAAGGAAGGACUAGGUGUCUCCUCUGCGGAAAUGGUUUACGGCUACUCACUUGUAGUUCCAGGCGAGUUCUUCCCCGAUGCUUCCUCCUGUGGCGACUUGGCUCGGCUGCAUCGCAUCGUCGGGAAGUUCGCUCCAUGCAAGCAAACGCCGCCCCUAACUCCUCCCUACACUGGCCCCUAUGAAGUUGUCGCACGGAAGGAGAAGGCUUUCCUGCUGCGGAUUAAGGGCGCCGAUGAUUGGGUCUCCAUAGACCGCCUCAAGUCGGCUUAUCUGCAGGAUGAUGACCCGCCUCCUGUUCAGCUCUCCAGGGCUGGCCGUCCGCUCUCUCGUGCCCCUAGGCAUCUUUGCCAGGGGGGGGGGAGUAUUGUGGCUGCGCCUCGCACCCACAACUGA